CAUCCUCAACACCACCUCGAUAUAAGUAGAGGCUCAAAGCCGGCUCAAAGAUAUGAUCAAUAUAGAAAAUCUCUUCCUAAACAAGCUUCCCCUCAUUGGGUCUCGACACAGCUUCUGAAGCAUACAUAAUCAGAAUGUCGUUUAACCCUAACGAUGUCGAUCUCGACACCGUCGACCCCGUCGAUGUGAUCUGCUAUCUGAACGCCUCAGAGAACGAUUACAACGGGCAUCUCGGCGCCCGCAUUUCCGCCAUCUUUGUCAUUUUUAUUGUUUCCACCGCAGUCACCUUCUUCCCGGUCAUCGCUAAACGUGUGCCUCGUCUCCACAUCCCUUUGUAUGUCUAUCUGUUCGCACGUUAUUUCGGCGCAGGCGUCAUCAUUGCCACAGCCUUUAUCCACCUCCUCGACCCUGCCUAUGGCGAGAUUGGUCCACAGACCUGCGUUGGCAUGACUGGUCACUGGGCGGACUACUCCUGGUGCCCCGCCAUCGUCCUGUCGUCUCUCAUGUGCAUUUUCCUUCUCGACUUCGGCGCCGAACGCUACGUCGAGGUGAAGUACGGCAUUUGCAGAGAAGAUCCCGAGCCCAUCAUGACCAGUGCCGUCGACAACAGCAGUGUCACGAAGGAUACCUCCACUAGUCGGCGGAAGAACGAGACUGACACUGAGUCGCUGACCUCCAAUGAGGCUUGGAUCGAGAGAUCCUUCAAGCAACAAAUUGCCGCCUUCCUGAUCCUCGAGUUUGGCGUCAUCUUCCACUCCGUCAUCAUUGGUCUGAAUCUGGGGGUCGUCGGUGACGAGUUCUCCACCUUGUACCCUGUCCUAGUCUUCCACCAAUCCUUCGAAGGUCUCGGUAUCGGUGCUCGCAUGUCCGCCAUCCCCUUCCGGAAGGGUAGCUGGCUCCCCUGGGUACUCUGUGCCUUGUAUGGCCUGACGACGCCUAUCUCGGUGGCAAUCGGUCUGGGGCUCAGGACAACGUACAACUCAGGCUCCUACACGGCAAAUGUGGUCUCCGGUGUGCUCGAUGCCAUUUCCGCCGGUAUCCUGAUCUACACCGGCUUGGUGGAGUUGCUGGCUCGUGACUUUUUAUUCGACCCCCAUCGAACCCAGGACAAUAAGCGUCUGACCUUCAUGGUCGUCUGCAUGUUGUUCGGUGCUGGUAUUAUGGCCUUGAUUGGCAAGUGGGCCUAAAUGGGCCCAGACGAUUGAUGAUCGUCCUGGGGAAAAAAGCGUGCAUGGGAUUUUCGGUUCGGCAAAAUAGCUAGUGUGCAUGGAAUGGUAUCGGUCAUUUGUUUCUUUUCGGGCUUGACUUGUCUCACAUUGUCAGCCUUCAUACCCUUCUCCUUCGCGUUCUCUGGUUGUCAAGUUUUGAGCUUAAUUAGACGGUCGUACUUUUCUUCUUGCCUGAUUUGGAUUUGUGUAUUGCGCCUCGUCUGCCUUAAUACUCU